CUAGUGACGCAUUCAAAAUAAACAAAAUUCUAGAGAAUGAGGCAACUCAGAGGUAGAACGCUUCGGCUUCUUAAAAUAGGAUGUUUCUGUUUCAUAUUUAUGAUUGUCGUUUGGUACAUCGCCAUGACUUUAAAGAAAAGAGUUACCCCUAUGUAUGCUUCUGGUGUUGUUGAUACAACAGUUGGUCACAUUCGUUAUGACUUUUCCACGGGUAUGUUCUCGCUGAUAGAAAACGGUGAAACUUACGUUCAGGGUCUUUUAUCAGAAACAUUACGAUAUACAGCUGCCUUGGAGUGUCGACCAGACAGGAACAAUCCGAAUUACCUCUGUCUGAGAUGGCAUAGGUACACAGAUCUAGAGGUCAGAAAACUAAAAGGAAGUGAUCAAUGUCAUGAAAUAACUUGGAAGCCUUCCAGUCGAGACUUUCUUCCUCAAGACUGCAUUUCCUUACGAGGUGCCAUAUGGUAUGGGGGAGGUGAAAUGUAUGACCAGAAAUGGCCAUUGAGAGAUGUUUCCAUUCCUCUACAGCCAUACCUUCCCAAUGAUCUCAUGUAUAAAACAAAAUACAAUAAGCCAGCAGGAAACAUUUUUGGUAAUGUGAUAGAGAGAUUCUGGCUCAGUACUAAAGGUGUGGGAAUUGUGGUUGACAGUUCUGUCCCUUUGUUUGUCAGUAUGAACACCAGUAAUAGUAAUCUACUGUGCUUCACAACUAACUCGGAUCAUCCUCGGUAUCCAGCAGGACAAAGCCAUGUACUAAAAUACACCAUUUGUAAGAAGAAAAAUAUUAAGGAGGUUUAUGAAUUGAUGCAAAAGAGGCAUUUUGAGUCCCCUAAAGAUAAGCCAAGUCUAGAUUUAAUGCAGUUCCCAGUGUUGUCCACUAUACCAAGAUUUGAGAACAAUAUGACACAAGGAGUUUUGCUAAAGUUUGUAAAGAAAUUUAAAGAUGAUAUACAAAAAGCUUUGUCUAUUAAGAAGCUAUUUUUUGAAUUUGAUGGUCUCUUUUCCUCAAAAUUUGGUAACUUUGAUAUUGACUCUGGUUUAUUUCCUAAUGCACAUCAAGUCUGCACCACACUGAGGGAAUAUGGAUACCAAAUUCUUGUGUCUAUGACUCCUUUGAUAAGUAAAGAUUCCAAAAAUUUUGACACAAAAUCUGACUUUUUAGUACAAAAUUCAAACACAGAGCAACUAGCACUUGUGAAGUGGUAUUAUGGUAUGGUGGGCAUAGUUGAUGUUACAAACCCAGAAGCUGCUAGAUGGUUUCAUUCAAAGUUAUCAACAAUGAUGAAGGAAUACGGAAUAGACGGAUUAAAGUUAUAUGCUUGUGAAAGUAACUAUUUACCUCCAAACCACCUAAGUCAUGGAUCAUUAACAAAUCCUGGGUCUUACAUUACAAACUUACUUUCACUAGUUAGCAAUUUAGGACAAGAUAAACAACUUUUACAAGCAACCUGUGCUUAUAAGUCUCAGAAACAUUCCAUGUAUGUACAGCUAGGAAGGAAGGAAUCCAAGUGGGGAGAAGAUAAUGGUCUGCAAAGUGUGAUUCCUGCAGUUCUGACACUAGGAAUUCUGGGAUACCCAUUUGUGAUCCCUGAUGUGGUUGGGGGAAGUGGUUCACAUGGCAACACAACUUCUCCUCCAAAUCGAGAACUUUACAUCAGGUGGUUACAGAUAGCUACCUUUAUGCCCGUUCUUAAAUUUUCCUAUGUUCCAUGGGAUUAUGAUGAUAAAGUAGUAGACAUUGCUGUUAAACUGUUGAAACGAAGACAAGAAAUAAUGAGACUGCUUAUAAAUGCUGCAAAGGAGGCUGAAACAAAUGGCUCCCCAAUUAUUAGACCAUUGUGGUGGAUAGACCCCCUGGAUCCUUACGCUCUGACAGUUAAUUCAGAAUUUAUGUUGGGAAAUGACCUACUUGUAGCCCCAGUUGUUCACCCAGGGGUGACAAAGAUAGAUAUUUACCUACCUGAAGGUCACUGGAAGGAUAACCUUAAAGGUCAAGUGCACCAAGGUAAACACUGGCUGAGGGACUAUGAGGUCACUCUAGAACAGAUCCCGACCUUCAGUAAGCACAAAUUCCUCGCCAAAUGAAGAACGUCUUACUGUUGUCUUUGAAACAUGUUACUUACAACUCAGGUAUUUGAAAGCUGCGAACAAGUUAACCAUAAUGGGAAGAGUGAAUUGAGUUUUGUGUGAAAGUAAAGAAUGUAAUUUUAUCACUCUGUUAGUUUACAUAGCAUGAAAGUUGUCAAUAUUUUGUAAGUUGGCUUUAUUUGCAUUUUUUAAAAUUUAAAUUACUUAGAUAUUUAAAAAUACAUCAAUUUCAGUUGAAUAAAGUUUUACUGUAGAUCACUAAAUUUUUGCAACAUCUUAUUUUCGUGAGCUAGUCAUUUAAUCUUUAUUAGGGAGACAUAUGGGAAUGAAAUUUUCGUGAGCACAUUAACUUUAUGACACCAAAAUAAAUUUCUCAUGAAUAAAAAGUGAUUUACAGUAUAUGAUAAAUAACUACAAAAAAAAGUGCAGGUCCCCUAACUCCCCAGCUUUUUAUGACAUCAGAAAUAAUUAAACAGUUGUACAUGUCAGAAUAAAAAAAUCACUCAUGGUUUGGUUAAGAAAUGUUAUUUAAUUUGUCUUAAACAGUGUUCAAAUAAUUUUAAUCUUAAAAUUUCCAUAUAUAAAGUUACAUUUAAAAGUAUGUAUGAAUAUUGAAUAUAGGGAUGAACAUUUUAGCUGGGCUCAUUGCUCGAAGAGCAUCAGUUAGCUUUAAUCUCAUUGUUCAAUCAUAUAUUCUGACCUUUUACACCCAAAUUAGAAUUAUUCUCAGGCAAAAUGUAGCACUGGUACCUACUCUUAGCCAUUGUUAAAUCAACACUAUCACUUAAACAAA